AUGUCGGGCCCCGGGCCGCGGGAGCCGCCGCCUGAGGCAGGCGCGACGGGCGGCGAGGCGGGCCCCGAGGGCGCGGGCGGCGGGGACGCGGCGCUGGGCGAGCCGGGACUGAGCUUCACGACCACCGACCUGAGUCUGGUGGAGAUGACGGAAGUGGAGUACACGCAGCUGCAGCACAUCCUCUACUCGCACAUGGAGGCGGCGGACGGCGAGCUCGAGGCACGCCUGGGCUCCGCGCUGCUGGCCGGCCCGGGCGCGGGCUCGGGCGCGGCGGGCUCGCUGGCGCCGGCGCCGCCCGUGUACCCAGUGCUGUGCCCGCCGCUGGCGGCCGACGCGCCGUGUCUGGGCCACGUCGACUUCCAGGAGCUGCGUAUGAUGCUGCUGGGCGAGGCGGGCGCAGCCGAGAAGACGCCUGGCGGCGCGGACGGGACGCGGACCCGGGCGGACGGCGCGGCCAAGGAGGGCGCGGGCGGCGCGGGGCCCGACGGCGCGCCCGAGGCCCGGGCCAAGCCGACCGUACGCGUCCGCCUGGAGGACCGCUUCAACAGCAUGCCGGCCGAGCCGCCUGCGCCUCGCGGUGCUGAGCCCGGCGAGUCGGGCGUGGCGCUCAACAAUUUGGUAACUCUUAUUCGACAUCCAUCUGAAUUAAUGAAUGUUCCUCUUCACCAGCAACAAAACAAAUGUACGACCUUAGUGAAAAAUAAAACUGCUGCUGCCACUACUGCUUUGCAGUUCACCUACCCGCUGUUUACAAGUGCCUGUUCCACUGGUGGGAAUGCCAGCCUUGCACAGACACAGAGUUCUAGUAACUCAUGUUCUAUACUGGAAGCUGCCAAGCACCAGGAUAUUGGACUGCCUAGAGCAUUUUCUUUCUGUUACCAGCAAGAGAUUGAGUCCACCAAACAGACAGGAGGUAGUAGAAACAAAGCCUUGCCAGAGCAGGUUUGGAUUAAGGUGGGAGAAGCGCUAUGUAAACAAGCAAUCAAUAAGAGGAAUCGGAGUAGAAUCCGCCAGUUGGACACAAGUGUGGAGCGAAGAGCCCUUGGAGAGAUUCAGAAUGUGGGCGAAGGUUCUACAGCUUCACAGGGUACCUGGCAGUCUUCUGAGUCCUCACAGUCAAACCUGGGGGAGCAGACGCAGAGUGGACCCCAGGGAGGAAGGUCUCAGCGUCGGGAGAGGCAUAACCGAAUGGAAAGAGAUAGAAGGCGCAGAAUCCGCAUUUGCUGUGAUGAGCUGAAUCUUUUAGUUCCAUUCUGCAAUGCAGAGACAGAUAAAGCAACAACCCUUCAGUGGACCACAGCAUUCCUGAAGUACAUUCAGGAAAGACAUGGGGAUUCCCUUAAAAAGCCCCUGCUGCAAAACAGACCCACACCAGGUAAGUGUCAUUUAUGCAGCCUGUGGGGUGGCCCUGCCUGGGUGCACUGGGGAGCUGAACUCUCUCUACCACUGACUUCACCAGAUGCUGAGGUCCAAUGUGGAGUUGAUACAGCAGGUAAUAAACACAGCUUCCCAGAGAAGAAGAAAAGACUGCCACUAGCAUUGGAUGGGCUCUGCAGUGUGGAUGAAGAACCCAGCAGCUAGAGCUUUUGCUGAGGCUGAUAUAGUGUCAUUUGCCACAGCACAGCCUGUGUUCAAGGGCUCAGGGUUGGGACAUGUAGCUUGAUGACUACAAGUUUCUAAAUGUCCUCAUAAGAGCAUGGUUGGCACAGAUGGAGCAGUAGGAAGCCAAGAGAUAGAGUCAUACUUCUCAAAUACUCUCGAAUUCUCAGGAAACUGCUGUUACAGGAUUUUUUCCCUCUCUAGAACAUGCCACCAGAAGUACCUAUCGGCCACCCAGCAAGUACCUAUAACUUAUAUGUCACUAAGUGGCCAAAAUUAUGCAGUGCUCUGUUCUAAAAAUAAAGUGUCUUGCACAAAAUAACCCUGUACUCCUUGUCAUGCUCUGUGCCUGCCUUGCCCAUGGACUAUUCUGGGUCCCUCCUUGCUGAGGGCUGUGCUCCAGCUUCCUUGAUUUAUUCUGUAUGCAUUAAUAUUUUUUGUCAAAGUUUGCUUUUUAUUAAUUAAAUACCCAUCCUUCCUCUGUCCUUCCCAAAUUAAAAAUUUAUGUUCUUUAGUCUCUUCCUAAUGAGUGCAUUUAAAGCAAACAUUUCUUUUUUUCUUUGUAUUAGGGCUAGGAAACAAGACCUCAUAGCUCAUGUAGCCCAGGCUGGCCUCAGACUCUGUGUAGCUGAGGUUGACCUUGAACUUCUGGUCUUCCUGCCUUUUCUUCUCAAGUGCCAGAAUUACAGGCAGUUUAUGCUGGGGAUUGGACCCAGGGCAUGAGUACCUCUCAACUCUACCUUCCUCUCAGGUCUACUCCCAGAAGCAUUUAGUUACUGUUCUUAUACUGUUCAGCCAGAGAUGGGCCCAGGCAGGCCCUCAAGACAUCCCUUGGCUUUCUGCACUGGUUUCUAGGACAUCACCCUCUUGGGGCCAAGGAUGUGACUCAGUGGUAGAGCACUUGUAAGGCCCUGGGUUUGAUCUCCAAUGCUGGAAAACAGAAACAAGACAAUGAGAUACCACUUCAGUAUCAAUCAAAUAUCAGGAGAACAAAACAAAAUCUGAAAAUAACCAGAGUUAGGAAAGACCUGGAGGAAUUCUAACCCUUGUGUGAGCCUUGAUGGUGAAAUGUGAAGUAGUGCAGCUACUGUGGAGAACAGUAUGGUAGUUCUCUGAACAGAACUGCCAAAAGACCCAGCAAUUCCACACAGUGUAAAUCCAGGAGAUUGAAAACAAGAAUCAAACUGACAUUUGUCUCUGAGCAUUCACAGCAGCAGUGCUUAUCAACAGAGAGUGGACAAGCAGAAUGUUUUGUGGACACCCAUGGCAAUGUUCAGCCAUGAGAAGGAUUGACGGUCUGACACCUGCUGUAUGGACACUCCUUGACAAACUGGGUGAGAUAAGCUAGUCACCAAUGUGAGGUCCCUGGAUAGAUCUGACUCAGAGAUGGAAACUUACUGGUGUGUGUCAGGGCAGGCAAUGGGAUGCCAUGGUUAAUGAGGACAGAGUUUCUGUUUGGAAUGAUAAGAGACAUUUUGGAAGAAGCUUCUGGUGACGGACACUGUACUGUGUUCUUAAUGCCUUGGAAUUGUAAACUUGCGAGUGGUGAAAACACCAAAUUUUACUAUACAUAUUUGCCAAAGCAGGAACAUACAAACCUAGAUUUAUGAGUCUAGAACACUAUACAUAAAAAAAAAGAAAAAAAUUUCUAAACAUGAACAAAAACAAUAAAACAGUGAAGGCCCACAUCCAUGAACCCAGCCAGCCUCCUCCCACUUUAGUGAGUUAGAGCACCUCCUGCUAUUUUCUUUCAUUUGUAGACAGCUAUUCCGAUGUCUGCCUCUGCACUCAUUUGUGUAUUUGAAUUGAAAUCCAAAUACUGGUCCCUUUCCUCUCAGGGUCACUUAUCUUGUAGGAAUUCCCACAUUCUGCAUUUCACAAAUUCAUAGAAAUGGUUAACUACUUGUUUCCUGCAUCUUCUAGACUAGCCUUCUUGAGUGUCUCCCCCACCCUCCCAAUACUUGGGCCAUCAGACUUGGUGUAGCUAUCUGGUGACAUUGAGGCCAACCUUGUGUUUAGGGGCCCAGCCUUGUGGAGACUUUAGACCUAAGGCCUUUUAAAAGGCAGGGGAAGCCGGGUGAAUAAGCAGAGACUAGCAGCCUGCAGGGAGUUGCUCUUGGUCUCACUGUGUGCAGGGACUGUACCUAGUCCUUUGCUGACUAAGUAUCCUCAGCAGUGUGUGUGAAGGGACAGCCACCGACCUGGAUACAAACGAUGAAAAUGGUAUAUUUUAUGUUUUUUAACCAUAAAAAUGGCCAUUUUGGCAUAUUCUCAGACACUGAGAAUUUACUGGAAAAUCUUUUAAAAAAAUACAGUAUAACCGCUAUUGAGGGAAAUUUUUGUUUUUUCCUGUUUUCUCACAUACCUCCUUACCAAGGUGUGACAUUUGUGAUACCUUAGCUCAUACUUUGAGAUACUUUACAUGGCUCCUUAAUUUCAGCCUCUUGUGCUUUUGAAACUAGCAGCGUUCACAUCUUUGAACUCAGUGCAUUAAUGAUCACUUCUUGA